CUUUGGAGUUUGAUAUGAUGAUUAGAGCAUAACAGAGUGACACGUUGAAUUCGCCAUAAUCAAGGAAACCUUUCCCGGGCGGGGAUCUCUGAAAUCACUCAGUGAGCAACCCUAAUUAACCUGAUUUUUUGCUGAUAAUCACUCUCAAUGGAAUCAAAUCACAAAUCCGGGGAUGGAUUGAGCGGCACCCAGAAGGAAGCAGCCCUUCGCGCACUGGUCCAGCGCACAGGAUAUAGUCUGGUCCAGGAAAAUGGACAAAGAAAAUAUGGGGGUCCUCCACCUGGUUGGGAUGCUGCGCCCCCAGAAAGGGGCUGUGAAAUCUUUAUUGGGAAACUUCCCCGAGACCUUUUUGAGGAUGAACUUAUACCAUUAUGUGAAAAAAUAGGUAAAAUUUAUGAAAUGAGAAUGAUGAUGGAUUUUAAUGGCAACAAUAGAGGAUAUGCCUUUGUAACAUUCUCAAAUAAACAGGAGGCCAAGAAUGCAAUCAAGCAACUUAAUAAUUAUGAAAUCAGAAACGGGCGUCUCUUAGGCGUCUGCGCCAGCGUGGACAACUGCCGACUGUUUGUUGGGGGAAUUCCCAAAACCAAAAAGAGAGAAGAGAUCUUAGCGGAAAUGAAGAAGGUGACCGAAGGCGUUGUGGACGUCAUUGUCUACCCGAGUGCUGCAGAUAAAACCAAAAACCGAGGCUUCGCCUUCGUGGAGUACCAGAGUCACCGGGCCGCUGCCAUGGCCCGGAGGAAACUCCUCCCAGGAAGAAUUCAGUUAUGGGGACACCCCAUUGCAGUAGAUUGGGCAGAACCAGAAAUAGAAGUUGAUGAAGACACAAUGUCUUCAGUGAAAAUCCUGUAUGUAAGAAACCUAAUGCUGUCUACCUCUGAAGAGAUGAUUGAAAAAGAAUUCAAUAAUAUUAAACCAGGUGCUGUGGAGAGGGUGAAGAAAAUCCGAGACUAUGCUUUCGUGCACUUCAAUAACCGAGAAGAUGCAAUUGAGGCCAUGAAAGCUUUAAAUGGGAAGGUGCUGGAUGGCUCCCCCAUUGAAGUGACGCUAGCCAAACCAGUGGACAAGGACAGCUAUGUCAGGUAUACCCGAGGCACAGGUGGAAGGGGCGCCAUGCUGCAAGGAGAGUAUACCUAUUCUUUGGGCCAUGUUUAUGAUCCUACCACAGCCUACCUCGGAGCUCCUGUCUUCUAUGCCCCGCAGGCCUAUACGAUUCCUAGCCUUCAUUUCCCAGCCACCAAAGGACAUUUUGGCAACAGGGCCGUUAUCCGAGCCCCUUCUGUUAGAGAAAUUUACAUGAAUGUACCUGUAGGGGCUGCGGGAGUGAGAGGACUGGGCGGCCGUGGCUAUUUGGCAUACACAGGCCUGGGUCGUGGAUACCAGGUCAAAGGAGACAAGAAAGAAGAGAAACUCUAUGAUCUUUUACCUGGGAUGGAACUCACCCCGAUGAAUCCUGUUACCUUAAAACCCCAUGGAAUUAAAGUUGCUCCCCAGAAUCCUGCAAUCCACGCUUUCACGCCUCCGAAGCUAAGUGCCUACGUGGAUGAAGCAAAGACAUACGCAGCCGAGUACACCCUGCAGACCCUGGGCAUUCCCACCGAGGGGGCCAGCGCUCCCACUGCAGCAGCUGCUGCCGCUUCUGCGGCUGCUUUUCCAGCAUAUGCCGUCCCUGGCGCAACUGCACCCGUGUCCGCGGCCCAGCUCAAGCAAGCAGUGACCCUCGGGCAAGACUUGGCAGCAUACACAACGUACGAGGUCUACCCCACCUUCGCAGUGACGGCCCGGGGGGAUGCAUAUGGAGCCUUCUGAAGAUAUCUUUUUUUUAUUUUAUUUUAAUAAUAAGACACAAAACUCUAUCUAGAAGAAAUAAACCUCUAACUCAGUCCCCUAAUGAUCACACGUAAUGCUUUUCUUCACGUGAUGCCCUUCCUGAGACGGUAGUUUCUACUAACUGUGGAAUCGCGAUAGGAGAAUAUGAUUCCCCCUCCAAUCCAACGUUAAGGAGCCUUUUCUCUAACAGAAGGCUAAAGAGCCACUACCCCCCAGGUGGCUCUUGCACGGUUGCUGAGUGUCUUGGGAGCACAUUUACCAACCCUGAUGGAGUGGAGAGAGAGCUUUUAACUGACCUCCCUAGUCAGGAACAACAGAAAGCCAAGUCAACUCCAGAGUCUUAACCCUGGCUUGCACCUGUGUUUUGUGAUCCCCAAAGUCACCAAAGGCAGAGGGAAGGUGAGAUGAUGCUUUUCAAAACAUGCUCUCCAUUACCAGCUAAGUGGAGUGUGUGCACAGGCUGAGGCUUGUGAAAAAAAUGUCCAAGGUUUGAUGAAUCAGCAUUUGCAGUUUGAAAAUUCCACCCACUUUGUCAUAGGUCAGCCUCUCCCUGUCCCCUGCAAUCCCCGGAGACUUCCUGGAAAUGGAUGUGAUAUAUUGCAGACCUGGUGAAAGCAACCAGGCCUAUGGUUUAUUAAACUCAUUAGCCCACCUCUUUGCCCCUAGAACUCCUGCCCGUCCCAAGCAUCCCCACAAGACAAUCAUCCUUCGGACCUGAAAUGACUUUUUCUUAUUUUAAACGUUUGAUGUGCCCAUACUGAUUUAUUUUCAUUUCAGUAGUAUUUUGCUCUUCUCCAAUAUCUUAAAAAAGGAAAUACCACUUAUAAACUAUCACCUAUGAUACUUUUAGCUAUUUGGCAAAUUGGCUGAAAAGUCAUUU